AUGGCGGGCAAGGAGCAGCAGGGCGGAGGGGGCCCGCCGCGGCCGCCGCCGGUCUCCACGCAGCCGCCGGUGAAGAAGCUGGUGAGGCAGCUCGACUUCAACGCGGGGAACAUGGCGGCGGCGGCCGCCGUCGUCUCCAGGGUGCUGCAGCCCAGGCCGGCGCCGCCGCUCGGCUACCCGCACCCGCACCCGCACCCGCAGCUCAGGGCCGCGGCGCCCGUGGGGGUACCGCAGCCGCACCCCAAGCUGCAGCUGCUGCAGCCGCGGGGGGUUCCGGUGAUGCGCCCGCACCAGCUCAUGCAUGCGCCGCCCCCGCGGCCGGCAGCGGCGGCGAUGACCGUGCCCGUGCCCGUGCCGCAGCUUCGCCCGAUCCAGCCGCACCCGCAGCCGGUGCCGCGCCCGCCGGUCGCCGUUCCCCUGAGGCCAGAGUCACCAAAACCACGUGGACGGCUGUUUGAUGGGAAAGAUGGCACCCCUACAAAGAAGAAGUGCUGCAAUUGCCGGCACUCCAAAUGUUUGAAGUUGUACUGUGAAUGUUUUGCAUCUGGUAUUUAUUGCGAUGGAUGCAACUGCACCAAUUGUUUUAAUAAUGUUGAGAAUGAGGCUGCUAGGCGUGAAGCUAUAGAAGCUACACUGGAGCGCAAUCCGGAUGCGUUCAGACCUAAGAUUGGGAGUAGCCCACACACCAGUCGGAAUAAUAUGGAAGUAGCUGGUGAUCUCCCUUUAAUAGGGAAGCAUAAUAAAGGGUGCCACUGCAAGAAGUCAGGAUGCCUCAAGAAAUACUGCGAGUGCUUUCAAGCUAAUAUACUAUGCUCUGAAAAUUGCAAGUGUAUGGAUUGCAAGAAUUUUGACGGGAGCGAUGAAAGAAAAACUAUUUAUGUGGAUCCCAAAACUGCCAUUCAAAUGCAGCAAGCAACAAAUGCAGCGGCAAAUGGUGCUAUCGGAGCAACUGGAUUGUCAUCUCCUUCCACAUCAAGGAAGAGAAAGCACAUAGAUCCUUCGAUUGACCUUUCAACCAAGGAACAUGUAGCUCACAGGAAUGGCCAACUGUCACAGAUUAUCUACCAGAGGAACGCAGUGGCAUCUGAUGGUUCACUCCCAGGAAGCCAGUCUGUGCAUCCCCAUAUGAUGGGGCCCUUUAAAGUCACCUACAGGCCUCUUUUAGCGGAUAUUAUUCAGACAGGGGAUGUAAAGGAGCUGUGUAAACUCUUGGUGACAGUAUCGGGAGAGGCUACUAAGGCAUAUACUGGUCGGAAAAUCCAGGAUGAGAAGGUGCCACCAAAAGAAGAUGGGACGGGAGGUUCGUUAGCAAUGACAAACCAUAAUAGAGAAGAACAAAAUAAAGAUCAAAGUCAUAGAAAAACAUCAACCGAUGACCGUGCAAGUGGGGGAACUCAUAUGGGGAAAGCAUCUCUAGAUGAUUCCAGACCUGAUUGCACAGAUGACCAAAAAUCCAGUAGACCAAUGUCUCCUGGAACACUAGCAUUGAUGUGUGAUGAACAAGAUACUAUGUUUGUUACUUCUGAAAAUGUUGAUGCUCAGCCAACAGUAGCUGUCAACCCGAACCGUUCCGAAUUGUAUGCGGAGCAGGAAAGAUGUGUGUUGACGGAAUUCCGCGAUUGCCUCCGGAAGCUUGUGCAAUACGGUAGAAUGAAAGAGGAGAAGUACUCCAUGGCGAUCAGAUCUGAAGCAACUGCCCAUCCUGGGCAGGUAAAUGGUGUUCCCCGAAUCCCAUAUUCAAAAGAAGUAGAUGUACAACCUAUUGUAAAAACAUUUCCUCAAAGUUCCAGCAAACAUCUUGUUACUGGAAACCCUGCGAGUGGGCACUUAGACAAAAAACUGGAGCCUGGGAACACAUAGAUGCACCUCAGGUUUGUAUUUGGGGUACAAGAAUCUUGUUUGCACCCUCUAACAGCUUGACUGGGGACAUGUAUCGGUCUUGAUGAUUAAUUUAGGUUAAAGAAAUUCCAAUUUAUUCUCACUGGUCAGAACAAGUGUAAUGGUGGAUAGUUAGUUUAGUCAGGCAAAUGCCUUUCACCUUAUUUUUAUCUA